AUGGAUCGCGAACGGAGCGAUGUGUCACCCGGAGCUUCAACUCCGGGAACUAGUAGGGGCAAGCCCCGAGUAUCUCUUGCCUGUGAGCAAUGUCGCACGCGAAAGGUUCGCUGUGACGGGCAGAACCCAUGCGUUGGAUGUCGGCAUUCCGGGACCUCAUGUGUCUACCGAAACCCGAGACAUGAGAAGAAACAAGCGGUGCGCAGAGCUAAUCGGCGGCUGCCUGCAGUGAUUGUCUCUUCUGAUAAUGUUGGAUCGUCCCUUGAUCUCGCCGCACCCACCCUGGAAGCGCCCCGAAUUGACGCUGCACCAGCCCGUUUGCUGAAUGACCCGGUGCACUAUAAGCGACAGCGAGAACUACGAGCUGGGAUUGGUGUGAGUAACAAAGAUACCGGGUCGUUCCAGUUUUAUGGUCCAUCAUCCCAUUUUUGUUUUAUUCAGCGCAUCUACCAACGUAUCAAACGCAGAACCCACGAGACACUAUUGACACCUCAGCGCAGUCCAGUCCCCGAGAGCGUGGGAAAAUGGGGCCUAGAGCGGUUUAUGUUCUCAUUAAGCCCGGGUAACGAUAGCACCAAUUGCCAGUUCAAUGCUUGUUUCCCGAGAGAGCUAGGGGACGCCUUCAUCAAAUCUUUUUUUGAAUUAAUACAUCCGCAAAUGCCGGUAUUGGUGUAUUCGGAGAUUCUGGAGUUGUGGGACAGGAUGUGGCAGCCACCGUCUAAAAGAACUCCCCCCAAGGGAGAAGAGCUAUUGCUCAUGGUUCUGGCAAUUGGAGCACGGGUGUCAAGUUUCGAAGGACAGCAGGAUGUCAAUGUGUCAGAAGGCUGGGCUGCAUAUUUCUCGAAAAAGGCUGAUGACGCCACCAAUUUAUUUGAGAACCCGAGUUUGCUUUCGACGCAUUUUCUGAUUCUCAAGGCUAUGUAUGCUUUCCAGGUCAUGCGCCCUAAUGAUGCCUACCUCUACUUCGGCCAUGCCGCACGUAAUGCAAUGGCUCUCGGGAUCAACCGCUCACAAGUCGUCGAUGGCCCCAAUCUCGCAAUGCAUCGCUUAAGACGCACAUUCUGGGUUAUUUACUCCCUUGAACGAUCCUGCACAUUGUAUACGGGCCGUCCAUCAGCCUUCCGGGACGAACUGAUCGACGUGCCGUACCCGGAAGAUUUACCAUCACCUGGGGUGAUUGGUGGCUCAGAUGUGGCGGACUUUCAAGCCUGUGUGGCCGCGAAGUGUGGAUAUAUCCGGGCCCUGGCUCGCAUUGGCAAAAUCGCUGACAGAAUCUUCGUGGAUAUUUACUCUUCAAAAAGCCCCUCGAAUAUGACGCACAUAACCAAGUCCCGCCAGGCCGUAGUGGAAUGUGACAUGGAAUUGGAGUCCAUCACAACCAGCCUGCCUCCGUAUCUACAUUUUUUCGAUCCUGAUAUCCCUGUUGGUGACGGGUGGCAGGAGGUACAGCGCAUAUUGCUGGGCUGCCAUUACUACAUCACUCGGAUGCUCAUGCACCGCCAGGCACUUGUCUUUGCAACCUUUUUCAACUCAAAGGCGGAGGCAGAGGAGCGGGGAGGGGGUGCGAUGCAUGUCCAUGACUCGAUCGAGGCAUCCAUCUCUUCAGCGAGGGCUAUGAUUGACCUAAGUCAUAACGCCUACUCUAGUCGUUGUCCGAAGAUAAGAUUCGAUGGAUCGAUGGCAUCAUUCUUAGUCUCUGCUUGUGUGACAUUGCUCUACGAUGUGCUCGACCCCGGGACCAGUCAGGAAUAUGCUAGAGAGACGUUCAGUGUGGUUGAACGUGGGAUACAAUGCCUCGACCAGCUCCAACAUGUCGGGCCGAUUAAUGGCAAGGCUGUGAGCUUGGACAUAAUGAAAGUUGCCAAAGAUGCGCUUCAAUCGUCUCGGGCGGAUAGCCAACUGGAUGAGGGUCUUGUCGAUUUAUUCCCGUGGUUGCAAAGUGGUAACAAUCCGGUAAACCAAAAUGGUUUUCCUGUCCAAGGAUCGGAUGUCUCAACACCGUUCGUUCAAGACCAGACGAUGUCGGGGCCACAGAACUUCAUGUCAUCGUUGCCAACAUUGCCCGAGGUGAACUACAUGUCGCAUUGGCUGGAAGCCGGAUUCGACCCGGAGGAUAUCCCGAAUUCACUGUACUGA